AUGCCUGCGAAUCCGAAUCUAACAGUGGAAUGGGGGAACGCCACGCUGUACAGGAAUAAGCCUGAUGCCAGGGCAUAUAUCGUCGACCUCGUCAAAACUUAUGGCGACACACCCAGUAGUGCUGCCAAAGCAAUUAUUCUGACCGGACCACAUAGUAGCAGAUCAGAUCCCAGGCCACACAUAACUGUCCGGUACUUGGACCGAAGAAAUCAGCCACUCCCCAAACCCACCCAUAUUCAUCUACCCAGAGAUGUCCCGGACUACGUUACAAAGAAGUAA